AUCGUCGUUUUCCACCUCUUACUAAGCAUGGUGGUGGGAAAAACUCAGGAGACUCGACUUCUAGCACGGCGUGCAAACCGGAAACAAGCAGCUCGACGCCCCGAUCUCAAUAUAUAUCUGCGUGGUAGGUAUCUCAUGAAUACAUACCAAUUCUCGAGUACGCCAUCGGCAGGAGCGGCACUCCGAUAAACGAGUCCGAUAUGAAUAUCAAUCUGUCCGGGACUGUCAACGUAUUCAAAUUAAUAGCAAAGCCGUCGCUGUGUCUCCCCCAUGCCGCUGUGCCUACCUUCAAAGACAUCCCCACUCCUCUGGAAAAGGUCUUUGAAGGAUGGGGGAAGAAUGUAAUAGACAUCCGAGCUGUCGUUCUUGACAAAGAUGAUUGCUUUGCCUAUCCUAACACGAACAAGAUAUAUCCUGCUUACGCGGACAAGUUCCGUCAGCUUCGAGAUGAAUACCCCGGCCGCCGUCUCCUCAUCGUGUCCAACACUACCGGUGCCACCAGCUAUGAUCGCGAUGCCCGUCUCGCCAGAGAACUCGAGUCCGCAACUGGAGUCCCUGUUCUCGCCCAUCGAGUGAAAAAGCCCGGCUGCGGGGACGAAAUCAUGGCGUACUUCAAGGGCCACCCUGAGGCCGGUGUCACCCACCCGAGUCAAAUCUCCAUAGUCGGAGAUCGUCUGAUGACCGACAUGAUGUUGGCCAACAUGAUGGGCAGUUGGGGCCUCUGGAUUCGAGACGGUAUUAAACCCCUCAAACAGAAGAGCAUAUUCUCCAAGUUCGAACAACGUCUUGGGCCCUAUUUAAUCGCGCGUGGAUACAGUGCUUCUGGACCACAAAGCCCAUUCGAAUAGGUUGUGUUAGGUUCAGGUAUCGUCUUCGAUAUGAUAAAAGCCGGGUUGUUUCAUGAAACCGGAAAAAUUUGGCUAUCUAGGAAGCCAGGAAUUCGAGGAACUACAUUCCGUCUCUACACACGCACUCAUCAUACAUACAGUUGCAACAUCACGUCGGCUGUAAAGUAGCCGGCCCAGACGAGGACGUGGAGUCCCAGAAACUGAGGACUUGUUCAAUUCUCAGGGUGAAUCUCCUGGCUAAUUACCUGACGCGACUAAUUUUGACGUCGCAGAUUGUUUCGCUCGGUGAUACGAAGCUAAUGGGUCCCCAUUGUGAGGAAGCAAUAAUGAGGACCUCUCAAUUCAAUGUGCCAGGAUAGCCAGGGCUAUUCAGACAACUUUGAAUUACAGUUUCCUACGAU